AAGCCAAUCUCUUCUUGGGAGGGCUAGUUGUCCCGUUAAGACAUCAUUCACGUCAAACCAAGGGGCGACCCCAACCUGUGGUUUCGUUGUUUUCGGUUCGGUUCGCUUCGGUUCAUCCUCCAAUAACAAAAGGUGGGGAGGGCCGGACUUCGCCCCCCGCAUCCUCCCUCCCCCCUCUCUCGCUCUUUUCCCCAUUCCAGAUACGGCCAGAAAGCGUCGGGUUCUUCUCCACCGGAUCUCGUCUUCUGAAGGCAGCGAAGGCCAGCCUCCUUCACCGACUCUUGGUCCUCUCUCUCUCUCUCUCUCUGGGGUUUCGGCUUCCAAUUGAUCAAUCUGACGCAGAGAUAGAAGAACAGAUCUCCGAGGAUGACCGCCUCGGCAUCGGCUUCGGCGAGCAGGCCGAGGUACGCCCCGGAGGACCCGACGCUUCCUAAACCCUGGAAGGCCCUGGUGGAUGGGAGCACGGGGUACCUUUACUACUGGAACCCGGAGACUAACGUCACCCAGUAUGAGCGGCCCGUCACCGAGCUCCCGCCUCCCCCGCCUCUGCUGCCUCCUCCUCCUCCUCAUCCUCCUCCGAAAUCUGCUUCCGUGGCCGUCAGCUCUUCUGUCCCUCACAACCAGCGGGAGCGGGACUCUCAUGACGAUGAUGGCCGCCACGGCCGCUCACGCAGCAGCCAUCAGCAUGGAGGUGCGAGAGGUAGCAGCAGUCAAAAUCAUGGGCAUGAUGCAAGGGCUUCAUGGGAUUUGAGGACGGCAUCUGCCAGAGUUCAUGGAUCAUCUUCAAUUGGGGGAGGUGCUUUGUCUGCGGAAGCAUAUCGCCGUCAACAUGAAAUAAUCGUCACUGGAGAUAAUGUACCGGCACCAUACAUGACAUUUGAGUCUGCAGGGUUUCCUUCAGAAAUAUUAAAAGAGAUACACCAUGCAGGUUUCUCUGCUCCCACUCCUAUUCAGGCUCAGUCUUGGCCAAUUGCAUUGCAAAGUCAUGACAUUGUAGCGAUUGCAAAGACAGGAUCAGGCAAAACUCUUGGUUAUCUUAUUCCAGGGUUCAUUCAUCUGAAACGCCUUCAUAACAACUCUAAAAUGGGUCCAACGGUAUUGGUUCUGGCACCAACUAGGGAGUUGGCAACCCAGAUAGAAGAUGAAGCUGUGAAGUUCGGGCGAUCAUCAAGAAUAUCAUGCACGUGUUUAUAUGGAGGUGCUCCAAAAGGUCCCCAGUUGAGGGAUUUAGAUCGGGGUGUAGAUGUUGUGGUUGCAACUCCAGGAAGACUAAAUGACAUUUUAGAGAUGAGAAGAGUAAGCCUCCGUCAGGUGUCAUAUCUGGUUCUUGAUGAGGCUGACCGAAUGCUGGACAUGGGUUUUGAGCCACAGAUACGGAAAAUUGUAAAAGAGAUACCCCAUCGCCGGCAGACUCUUAUGUUCACUGCUACGUGGCCAAAAGAAGUUCGGAAAAUUGCUGCAGAUCUGCUGGUUCAUCCUAUUCAGGUUAACAUUGGGAGCAUAGAUGAUCUUGUUGCGAACAAUGCAAUCACUCAGUAUGUGGAAAUAAUCACACCCAUGGAAAAACUGAGACGGUUAGAACAGAUAUUGCGAUCCCAAGAUCCAGGUUCUAAGGUCUUAAUAUUUUGCUCAACGAAGAGGAUGUGUGACCAGCUUGCAAGGAACCUCACUCGUCAGUUUGGUGCUUCUGCUAUUCAUGGUGACAAGUCUCAGGGUGAGAGAGACAGGGUUUUAAGCCAAUUCCGAACUGGAAGGUCCCCCAUACUAGUAGCUACUGAUGUUGCUGCUCGAGGCCUGGACAUCAAGGAUAUCAGGGUUGUGAUCAACUACGACUUCCCCACGGGUGUUGAAGAUUACGUUCACAGGAUUGGCAGAACUGGUAGGGCAGGUGCCACUGGUGUGGCUUAUACAUUUUUCUGUGAUCAAGACUCAAAAUAUGCAGCAGAUCUUGUCAAAGUUCUGGAAGGGGCAGACCAACGUGUUCCUCAGGAGUUACGGGUCAUGGUGUCACGUGGUGGGUAUGGUGGGAAGUCCCGCCGCUGGGGUUCUCGCUCUGGUGCUCGUGAUGGUGAUAGGUCACGUGGAUCUAGUGAUACCACUUAUGGUGGAAGGGGUGGGCGCGGCCUGCCACCUUCAUCUGGUAGAUUAGAUAGCAGUCGUGUUGGUCGUGGACCUGAUCGUGAGCCUCCUCGUGGCAGAUAUGAUCGUGGAUAUCGAGACAGUCAUGAGGUGGAGGUUGUUGUUAGGAGAUCCAGAGAUAAACAUCGUAGCCGUAGCCACAGCUAUAGCCGCAGCCGCAGCCCUAAAGAGGGACGUGAUGGGUGGGGCAAUAGCCGCAGUAGGAGCCGUAGCAGGAGCUGGAACCGUGGCCACAGUCAAAGCAGGAGCCGUAGUCGCAGUGCUAGCCAGGGCAUCGACCGGUAUGAUGGCCGGCUUGGUGAGGGAGCUGGGCGAACACAUCGGGAAUCACCACUAACAAGGAGAAUGGUGCCCUCACCAACCAACCAUCGCAUUGGGAGCCCUGUCCAUUCAGAAAAAAUGCCAUACUACAGAGAUUGGAGGGGAUCGUCACCAUAUAAUGGUGAGGACAUGGAAAAGAUUCAACCGGAUCACUCACCUAGCCUACAGAAGGAGAGAUCCAUGUCCCCAUGUGGCAAUAUGGACAGUGGAAAGCAAGUAAGAUCAGCUAGCCCAGCACAGUGGCAUCAAGGAUCUCAGCAUGACCAUGGUGAUGCUGAAGGGCCUAACGAAAAACCUGUUCAAUCACUCUCAAUGCCUUGCAAUAGGAGUGGGGAGGAAGAAGAGGAAGGCAUGAUACCUGCAGAUGAGGAGGAUGGUGUGAUACCUUCUGAAGAGGGUACAACAUCGCCGAGGACAGCAACAGGCGAGCAACCAGGUUCACUCAAUUGAUAAUGUCAAAAUUAACAGGAUCUCCAAGUUUAACUUGGAUAUCUUUCUGGGUUGGCAUCCUGGGGCACCGCUUCAGCUUUGAUUUCUGAUGGUGGUUAUGUUGUAACCUUGUUUGCAAGAUCAUGGUAAGAAUAAUAUGGAUCAUCUCUCAGGUACCUAUGCUUAUUAUUUUGUCAAAUACUCAAAAAGACUGGAGAUCUUGGUUUUCGGAUUUUUUUUUUGGUUGUCUACCCUUUGACCCAAGUAAGAUAGAACGCGUCUGUUUGGCAGGGAAUAGGGAUUUUUUCCCCUAACCAGUAAGAAUCCUGGCUUGUGAAGGAUUUCAGGGUA